GUUUUUCAAUUUAAUUAUUUUGUCAGUAUAAUUAAAUUAGUUUAACAUAGAAUGCAAAAUAUUGACCAAUUAUAUUUAUAGUUUUAAAUUGUCAUUUUUGUUCAUUAACGACUCCUUUGCAAAGUAACGGCUAAUGCGCUCGCUCUCUUCUUCAAAACCCUUACUUUCUCUUGGUCGAUAUUAUCUCCUCCAUGUUCGUUCCUUCGAAUCCCAACCCACUUUCUUAAAUACCUAUUACUCAAAACUCACUUUCAAUGACUCCCAACUCAUUCAUCUCCUGUCCGAUCACCGUUUCAGGGAAGCCCGUAACCUGCUCGACAGAAUGCCUCAAAGAAGCAACCAUGGCCGUGUUAUUCACUUAACUUCUCUUAUCUCAAAGUUCUCAAGAAAUGGUUUUAUUAAUGAAGCCAAAGCGCUUUUUGAAAUCAUGCCUGAGAGGAACAUUGUCAGUUAUAAUGCCAUGUUGUCGGGUUUUGUGCAGUGUGGGAGGAUUAGUGAAGCGAGGAGGUUUUUUGAGGAAAUGCCCGAAAGGAAUGUGGUUUCGUGGACUUCCAUGUUAUGUGGGUUGUUGGAAAGUGGUCGAGUUUGUGAGGGAAAGAGAUUUUUUGAAGAUAUGCCUGAAAAGAAUGUUGUGUCAUGGAAUUCUAUGAUUGGUGGGCUGAUUAAGAAUGGGGAUUUGGAGGAGGCAAGGUUGGUUUUUGAUAUAAUGCCGGUCCGCAACAUAAUUUCAUUGAAUACCAUGAUUUCUGGAUAUGCUGAGAAUUGUAGAAUGAAAGAAGCUAGAGUUUUGUUUGAGGAAAUGGAGGAUAGGAAUGUGGUUAGUUGGACUAGUAUGAUGGCAGGUUAUUGCAGAGCUGGUGAUGUGAAUGAAGGGUAUUGUUUGUUUUGUAGAAUGCCUGAGAGGAAUAUUGUUUCUUGGACAGCCAUGAUUGGAGGGUUUACUUGGAAUGGUUUCUAUGAAGAAGCGCUAUUGCUUUUUCUAGAAAUGGCUAACUAUGAAAUAAGACCAAAUAGUGAGACUUUUAUAUCGCUUGCUUAUGCUUGUGCUGGCAUGGGAUUUCCUUAUCUUGGCAAGCAGUUACAUGCUCAAGUUAUCGUUGCUGGCUUGGAGUAUGAUGAUUAUGAUGGCAGGUUAUCUAGGAGCCUCAUUCAGAUGUAUUCAGUAUUUGGUAUCAUGAACUUUGCAUGUUAUAUAUUUAACAAGAACUUGAAUAACUCUUCAGUUCAAUCUUGUAAUUCCAUGAUCACUGGUUAUGUUCGUAUUGGACAGUUGGAAAAGGCUCAAUAUAUGUUUGAUAUAUCACCUAUUAGAGAUAAGAUCUCAUGGACUUCAAUGAUUGAUGGUUAUUUGAGCACUGGACAAGUAUCACAGGCUUGUCAUCUAUUUAACAAUAUGCCAGAAAAGGAUGCAGUUGCAUGGACAGCAAUGAUUUCAGGUUAUGUCCAAAAUGAACUUUUUAUAGAAGCUACCUCUUUAUUUUUGGAGAUGUGGGCGCAAGGUGUUUUCCCUUUGAAUGCCACAUAUUCUGUUCUUUUUGCGGCUGCUGGAGCAACAGCAAAUCUUGAUCAGGGGAGACAACUCCAUUGCAUGCUAGUGAAAACACAAUAUGAAUUUGAUUUGAUUCUUGAGAAUUCUCUUAUCACCAUGUAUGCAAAAUGCGGGUUAAUAGAUAAUGCAUAUAGCAUAUUCUCAACUAUGGUCUUUCGAGAUCUGAUUUCAUGGAAUUCAAUGAUCAUGGGAUUUUCACAUCAUGGGCUAGCAAAUGAAGCUCUAAAGAUUUUUGAAGCCAUGUUGAAAUCUGGAAGUCACCCAAAUUCGGUUACCUUGUUGGGUAUCCUAUCAGCAUGUAGUCAUGUAGGCUUUAUUAGUAAAGCAUUGGGAUUUUUUAAAUCAAUGAGAGAUAUUUAUCGAAUUCAACCUGGUUUAGAGCAUUAUGUUUCUAUAGUCAGUCUGUUGGGCAGAGCAGGGAGAGUAGAGGAAGCAGAAGAGUUUGUCAUGAGUCUACCUUUUGAACCAGGUUGUGCUAUUUGGGGGGCAUUACUUGGUGUAUGUGGCUUCAGUGAGACAGGUGUUGAGAUUGCUAAACAUGCUGCCAAGAAACUGCUUGAGCUGGACCCAACGAAUGCACCAGCCCAUGUGGUUCUCUGCAAUAUAUAUGCAGCAAGAGGUCUGCACAUGGAAGAGCAAAAGUUAAGAAAAGAAAUGGGUUUGAAAGGAGUAAGAAAAGUCCCUGGGUGUAGUUGGAUACAGCUGAAUGGGAGAGUCCAUGAGUUCAAGUCAGGAGAUAAACCUCAUCCACAAGCAGCUGAAGUUUUAUCACUUUUAUUUGGGAUUUCUGAUAAAUGACAACAACAUACUGCACAAACAGUGAUUCUUUUCUUAGUUACUCUGCAUUCUGACAGGAUAUCAUCACCCUUCAAAAUCAUUGUUGAUUGGAGUAAGAGUAGGCUGAUACAACAAAAGUUUUAUUACUGUUUUCAUCUAGCACUGUACUUUUAUACCUAUAGCAAAAGAGUUAAACGAUCUGUUAUCCUUUUCUUUAUUAGCUGUUGAAAUUGGGCAAAGGUGAGAGACAAAAAGCAAGAUGCCGACUUUGUAAGAAUUAGAACUUUAGAAGAACAAACCAUUUGCUUGAGCUAUGUGAGAAAGAUGACAUAGGACUCAAUGAAAAAUGUUGAAGGCAAGAUGCGGUGGUCCCAUGGCACAUAUGGUCAAGAAAAUUCAUACUUCCGAUUUAAAAAACAGUCAUCCUUUGAUCACUCAGAGAUUCUUGUGCCAGUGAACGUGUAACAAGAAAAUGAUGAACAAACAGAGUUUGCCCGAAGUGGAAUGACGUCCAACAGUGCCAGCCACGGAGAGGAUUCACUCAAAUAGUUAGCUUCUUUCUUUCUUGGACUGCUAGAUGAUGUACUUAUUGCAACAGUUUUCAAAGUAGAAUAUGGAUACAAAUAUGAGUUUUUAUUUAUUUAUUUUUUUGAUAGGAAUGUUUUGUACAUUUUGGUGUGGCCGUUGGUUUUUCUUCUUCCACCGAAAGUUGUUGCCCUUGUUUCUUCAUUAUGAUCACAUAUAUAUGGCUAGCUGUAUACAUUUAUUUAUUUCCUGAUCAAUGGUUCCGCAUAGAUAAUUAAUGUGGAUGCUAAUAACCAGCCUUUUUCAUUCGUUAACUAAAAUCAACUUAAAUGUUUAUUUAUGGUAUUACUUUCUGAACUUCUUUAUUUUUUAUCACAACAAUCUGAGUAUUUGC